AUGAAUAUUCCAUCAUCAAUUAUUAAAAUAGGAGAUGAAUGUUUUUAUGAAUGUUCGUCAUUAAUAUCAAUUAAUAUACCAACAAGUGUUAGUGAAUUAGGAGAUGAUUGUUUUAGUUAUUGUUCAUCAUUAAAAUCAAUUAAUAUUCCAUCAUCAAUUACUAAAUUAGGAAAAUGUUGUUUUUAUGGAUGUUCAUCAUUAACAUCAAUUAAUAUACCAUCAUCAAUUAGUGAAUUAGGAGAUAGAUGUUUUGAAGAAUGUUCAUCAUUAACAUCAAUUAAUAUACCAUCACCAGUUAUAUCAAUAGGACAUUGGUGUUUUAGAGAAUGUUCAUCAUUAACAUCUAUGAAUAUAGAUAAUUUACAAUUUAUUAGUGAAGAUAGAAUAUUUAUGAAUGAACCAGUACUAGUUAGUGUUCAAAUACCAGAAAAUCUACAAAUAAUCAAUGGAAAGAAUAUUGAAAAGAAAGACAUUAAUAAAUUUAUUAUUCCAUCUUCAAUUACUAAAUUAGGAGAUGAUUGUUUUGAUGAUUGUUAUUCAUUAACAUCAAUUAAUAUUCCAUCAUCAAUUAAUGAAUUAGGAGAUUGUUGUUUUAGUUAUUGUUCAUCAUUACAAUCAAUUAAUAUACCAUCAUCAAUUAGUAAAUUAGGAGAUGAAUGUUUUUGUGGAUGUGGAUCAUUAACAUCAAUUAAUAUACCAUCAUCAAUUACAUCAUUUGGAGAUGGAUGUUUUUAUGGAUGUGGAUGUGAAGAUGAAUUAAUGAAAAAUAAAAGAAUACCAAGAAAAUGUUUUAAAUGGUGGUGA